CGAGUAAGGGGGGUAAAGAAUGGCAGUGAGGAGCUGGGCAGGUAUACAACAAGGCUUUCUUGGUCAGUUCUGGUCAUGAGCACAGCCUGAUGCACAGAAGGGAGAGACCGAGACUGUGAGGCGAAGCAACUAGAUGCAGAAUGGUGAGGUGCUGGAAACGCCCAGAAACCAGUUUGGAGGAUCCGCAAUGCAUGCAUUGUGGCCCCAUAAGAUCCUCCAGGUUUCCUCACAAGGUGCUCUGGGGCAGCCUCACUGCUGCCCUGCUCAUCAUUAUCAUUGCUCUCAUCCUCACUGGGAAGUUAGCUCUGCAGCCAGACACCCAGUCUUCAUUGCAGGUUGUUCGAAUCACAGUUCCUGACCAUCCAGCCGCUCUAAUCAAUCAGUCUGCACUGGUGGACAAACACAACAAUAUAGUGACGUAUCAUGUGACCUCUCAGACCAACCACACCUCCACAGUACUCUUUGACAUGAAACAUGGGUUGAUAUGCUACAAGCCUGACAACCAGGACAACUGCUUUCUUCGCCAAAUGGAGAUGUCCGACUAUGAAAAUAUGCACGUUCUUCUCAAUGAGACACAACAGCAGGUGAGUCAGGUCUGGCUGGUGGGAAACGAGACUCAGAGGCAAACUGAGUUUCUGGGCGUUCUGGCUGGAAGUCGUGUAGAAGCUUCAACACUCCAGGAGCCACUGCAGGACCUCUGUCGGCAGGGACCCGUGUACUGGACCAGGAGAGCUGAUGCAGGACCCAGAGAGAGGCUGAUUUACUUCUGCAUCGACAUCUGCUUCCCCAGCAACAUCUGUGUGUCCGUGUGUUUCUACUACCUGCCAGAAUGAGACCUCCUGUUCUGAGACCGUAAGAACACACAGCAGGGAAACACACGGUGCCUCCUUCUCUCUCAGACCUUGUUGUGGAGGAGCAUCUAUGAGCAUCUGAAAGAAAGCAGAGAAGAUGCACAAAGACAUUCACUCUGCCUGGCAGCCCUGUCAUGUUAUCUGCUCUAAGACCUAAUCAUCACUCUCUUUUGUGUAAAACCCCCAAGACUUUUCAAUAUUAUUCAACUCAUCAGACUCAAAGGAUGCUGCUUGUAUUUCUUGUAACCUGAGGCAGAUGAGUAACUGAAAGCACUGUUGGUCUAAAAUAAAGCACCAUUAUAUAUUUGAA